AUGACAGAUCAAGAUCAUCAACCCAGAUUCAACAACCUAGAGAACUGUACAAACUCCUUACGGGAAUCAAUCAAUAUACUUCAAAAUUCCAAUCAAUUAUUAGAUGAUACAUUGAAAGGAAGUAAUAGAUUAAGUAAGAUACUAUCAACAAGGAAAGUCUUUGAUGUUAUACCUGAGUUGGAUUUAAAUGAUGCUAAAAGGAAUUUUGCUAAUAACAUAAACCCACAAAUCAAUGAUAAUUUACAGAAAUUACUGGAUGAAUUGAUUAAAUUAACCACAAGAAAGAAUACAUUACUUAAUGAAUUAAAAAUGCUCAAAGUAAGAUCCAAAAAAUAUGAAAAUAAACGAAAUAAUAAACCUACUGGAAAGAAUAUUAAUCGAUUAUUAAGUGAUGCUGAUAUUGAAAGUCUAUUGAAUAAUCUGAAAUUACAAGAUAAAUAUGAUAUUGGUAAAAUUAGACAAUUACAAGUAUUACGAGAUAAAAAGAAUCGAUUAAAGUAUACAUUAAGUAGAAUGAGUUGA